ACAAUGACAGGUAGUUAUAUCUGUUAAAAACAUUUUUAAUCAUUAAAAAAUAAAAACAAAAGAAUAAGGGUAUAUUCUACCCACAUUGCUGUAAAGUGGUAAGAACCCUAAUCCCCUUAUCAAUCUCAUUUUCAAAUUUCAAUCAUCCGAACACAACAAAUUGGAGAAAUUGAACCUCUGAAUCCAUGGCGUCUCGUCGUCGUAUGCUUCUCAAAGUCAUAAUCCUCGGCGACAGCGGGGUUGGAAAGACAUCUCUCAUGAAUCAAUAUGUGAACCGGAAGUUUAGUAAUCAGUAUAAAGCGACUAUCGGAGCAGAUUUCUUAACGAAAGAGAUACAAUUUGAAGAUAGGAUUUUCACAUUGCAGAUAUGGGACACAGCUGGACAAGAAAGAUUUCAAAGCUUAGGUGUGGCAUUUUAUCGCGGUGCCGAUUGUUGCGUUCUUGUACAUGAUGUCAACGUCAUGAAAUCGUUUGAUAACCUUAAUAAUUGGAGGGAAGAGUUCCUAAUUCAGGCUAGUCCUGCUGAUCCAGAAAACUUUCCAUUUGUUGUAUUGGGUAACAAGAUAGAUAUCGACGGAGGCAAUAGCCGAGUGGUGUCUGAAAAGAAAGCAAAAGCAUGGUGUGCUUCAAAAGGGAAUAUUCCGUACUUUGAAACGUCGGCUAAAGAAGGGUUUAAUGUUGAAGCUGCUUUCGAGUGUAUAGCCAAAAUUGCUCUUAAAAAUGAACCCGAAGAAGAAACCUAUCUUCCGGAUACCAUUGAUGUGGCUAGUGCACGGCAACAAAAAUCUUCAGGGUGCGAAUGUUAAGCGUGUUGACUCAAUGGAUUGUUUAGAAGUAUGUUGAUGCACUCAUGAAAGGUUUAUGUAUAUCCCUAUUAUUUUCAAUUAUUUCAUAACUUAUGUAUUGAAUUGUUGAUUAAUUGGUUUGUGUAAUAUCUUAUAAAAUACUACAAGUUCUUUUCAUAAUUUCA